AUGAAAAGCUCUUCACCCUCUCUCCUCAUUCAUUGUCUCAUUGUUUCCAUCUUUGUGUGGUGUGCUCUUUUUUCGCAUACUACUUCGAGGAUAAGGUUCGAGUCCUCCUCUGAUCCUUCCUUCUUCUUGUUUGGUGGAUUACUCCUUGAAGGUGUCAAAGCGAGUACGAAUAAGCUUCGAGGUGAAGCUUCCAUCACUCAGCAAGCUCCACUACCUGCUGUUCAGAAUACCUAUUCAGUUCAACAGCCACAACCACAACCACAGCAAGCACCUCAACAACAGCAGCAACAACAAACUGCAACAGCCGAUCAAGCAAGUGGAAAUCCAACGGUGAUUACCACCAGUGCUCAGUAUCCACCGAAUGCGAGUCCUCCAACUACGAUCACAGUGAUUUAUCCAACAUCGACUUCGAGUGGUGGGCAACAACCUCAGCCACAACCAGUACCUCAACCACAGCCACAACCAGUACCUCAACCUCAACCACAACCAGUACCUCAACCACAACCACAACCAGUACCUCAACCACAACCAGUGCAGAUUCCUCAGCCUCAACAGUAUUAUCCUCAAUCGACUUAUUCGAGCACCGCAACCUAUUCCACUCAGCAACAGUACAAUCCUCAACAACAACCACAACAGUACUAUCCUCAAACAACAACCUAUCAACCUCAAUAUUAUCAACCUCAACAACAACAACCUCAGUACUAUCCUCAACAGCAACCACAAUAUUAUCAACCUCAGUAUUAUCAACCACAACCACAGCAACAGCCUUAUUAUUAUCCACAACCACAGCAACAACCACAACAACCUUAUUAUGGCAGUGGCCAAUAUUAUUCUCAACCUCAAUAUUCCACAACACCUCCAUACGGAACCUAUGCCCCACAGCAACAACCUUAUUAUCCUCCAAUCACACCUGGUGGUGGUUAUUCGUAUGGAACCGGAUAUCCUGCUUCAAGUCCUUACUAUGGUGGUUAUUCUUCGCCAUAUGUCUAUGGAGCUUCUCAACCCUAUGGUAGUUCGUAUCCAACAGCAGCUCCUGCCUAUUCAACUCCAUAUUAUGGUUAUUCCACACCUUAUGCUACACCUUAUGCUACACCUUACACUUCAUCAUAUGCUUCACCUUAUUAUGGUUAUUCAUCACCUUAUUAUGCAACUUCAGUGCCAACGACUUAUGGAGCUUAUGGAGCUGUUCCAGGAGUGGUCUAUGUGUAA